AUGGAAAAGGCAUUGGAGCGAUAUGGGGUUACGCACCAGUUGUCCACCGCAUAUCAUCCACAAACAAGUGGUCAAGUUGAGAACGCAAAUCGAAGAGUGAAGAGAAUCUUGGAAAAGACGGUGGGGAAGAGCCGCAAGGAUUGGUCGGAUAAGCUAGAUGAUGCAUUGUGGGCGUUUCGUACCGCCUACAAGACGUCGUUAGGUACGACUCCUUUUAUGAUAGUGUAUGGAAUAGCGUGCCAUUUACCGGUAGAAUUAGAGCACCGGGCUCUUUGGGCACUUAAAACCGUGAACUUGGAUCUCACCGAGGCCGCUAGGAAAAGGUUCUUUCAAAUCCAUGAGUUGGAAGCUCUUCGUGAUGCCGCAUACGAACGUUCAUGA